AAGGAAAUGAUCGGAGCGCGCAAGUGUCGAGAUCUUUACCGAGUCUGAUACACUCACUCUGGCAUGGACUUUUCCGCAUGAAUUUUCACGAUAGCAAAUGAUCGCCGGGAAGAUGAUCUGCAGAAGACCGUCAUGAUGACCAAAAGAAACCAAAUAAGAAGAGCCGUCUGAAAUUCCCUGGAAUUGGAGACGAGGCACUUUCUGAGAGCACUGGGUUCUGAAAGCACUUCUCGUAAAUGCAAUUUGAUUGCGCGAUCCCUAACAUAGACGUACGAAAAAAAUAUUACGUCACGGCUCUUCAAGGACAGAGGAACUUCCGAUGCGACAUUUUUGUUUGUUUGUCGUUUUUUUUCUCACCACCGCAUCUUCCGUUCCUGAUGCAAACGGCGCAGCACGACGAUUACAUUUACAUCCCGGUACCGUCGGCACAACGACAGACAGCGGCUUCUGGAGGUGGUUUGGCUCGGAGCAGUCCAUUUUUGACGUUUCCCAAGCGCCGGAGGCGUCCAGGUCUGUAUCGAGAUCGGACUCCAAAGCUGCGGCCCGUGCGCGGUACUGUGUGUGGAAAACACAAGAAGUAGAAGAUACCACCGACGAUGGCAGAAUUCUGCAGUGCGUGCGCCGAUGGAUGGCGUGGGACACGUCCGACGAAGCCGUGCCGCACCAAACCCUGCACUGCGGCCAAAAUGGAGAAGAUGACACUUCUGAAGAAGGUCUUCUCGAAGGAAAUCAGCACAAGGCGGAAAUAAAUACGAGUAGUAUCCUCAAUAAUUUUCCGUCUAGCUUUGACUUUCGUGAGAGUGGUGCCUCACAAGGUGCUGAUCCUGCAAGAACGGAGACGGAGCAGAGGAGACGAGAUGCAUUUGCCGUCGACCAUGGUGACGAGCAGGCAACCGCUGGCCGUCGGCGCGUCUUGGCGUUUGUGGGCGAUUCCUUACUACGACAGCAGACUCUCGUGCUCGCUUGUGUCCUUACCAAGGGCGGGUGGGACGGCGCCUAG